GUUGUUUCCAAGCUACUCAUCCAUCCACCACCAUCACUUUACUCCGUCGAUUCCUUCCACUUCCUUCAACUUCCACCAGACAAAGAAAUUGGCACUCUCUUAACCAGUACACACAAAGAGCCCCUUUUAUAGGAUCAAAUUUAUUGUAAUUGGUCUAGUUUUAAUCCACCAGUUUUGAUUUUUGCUUGGUCGUAAUUUUUGGGUGACCAGCAGCAUUAGGUAGGACAAGGCCUUAUCGUGGUCUGUAUUAGAAUCUAUGUUGAAAGGAUAGCGCAAUUUUCAUUCGUGUUUUAACUCGUCGUUAAUUAUUUGUUAUUCUUACUACAACUGCGUUGUUUUGUCUUGCAAAUCUCAGUUACCCAGUGUGUGGAGCAUUAUCAUUGUGUAUCACAUCAGGGAUAUAAAAGAAAGCAAAGGAUAAUAUACAGUAUAGUUGGGUUGAUUGUUCCGAUUGCAUUUUACAAAAACUGAACGUUUGUGUAUUGAUAUUAUGCAAGCGUUCUCCCUAAACAAUGUAAUCAUGGCGUUGCUUUGAGAUAAAUUGUGGGGGUAGAGGGGAGGUAGACAGAGUUGCUCUCUGGAAGGUUCAAGGUCAGUUGGAGAUUUCGAUUUCGACUUUAAAUGAGAUUCGUUUUCUUUGUUAGUUUUAUAACUAAUGAUUUACAUUUACUGCAGUAGUAGAACAGACAGCUAAGUUAAAUAAGGAGAAAGAGAAAUACAAGAACGAAUCCUGAAAAAGUAAGGAAACCCAACAAUUGAUGCAAAUAUAGGUACACAUAAUGCUAGAAAUUAUCAGAUACAUAUAAAUAUUGUGCAAAAGGCAGUGAACAUAAAAUACUUACGUAAUCGCUGGUCGAAAUUUCAAUAAAUAAUUAAGCUAGUUGCAUGUCGUGUCUGUAAAGUGAUUUUUUAAAUUAGCACAGCGUAGAUUUACUAAGAACAAUUUGCUUAGUGAAAAUUAAAAGGAGCUCUGUACUUGUGGUGCAGGACAAAGGACACAGGAAACCGCGAUAAGAUGGAGCGAGCAGGUUAUCAGUCACUGGUUACUUUUGCUAAUGGAAAUGACAUAAAUAAUGGGGACGACAAUGUUCCUCCAAAUGACCACAAUGUUAUGGCUCAUGUUCCAGAGCAUAAUAAAACUCGCUGGAAUCAUAUUGAAGAUCUCGACUCCUUUUUCAACAGGGUGUAUUACUAUCAUCAAAAACAUGGAUUCGUAUGCAUCAUCUUGCAAGAAGUUUUUGAGUUACUGCAGUUUAUUUUCGUAGUUUGUUUUGCGACAUUUUUGUUUGAAUGUGUGGAUUAUCCAAUACUGUUCGGGCAGAAACUGCUGAAUACAACAAGCCCUACAACAAAAAUUACUUUGGACCAAGCAGUAAUUCCUAUGGGGGAAUGCGUAGCGGGAUUCAAUUUUUGGAUGUGGACUAUUUUAAUUGUUGCUGCUGUGUUUUGGUUGCUUCGAUUAGUUUUCGUCAUAUACAACACUUCAUUGAACUGGGAGAUUCGUGCCUUCUACAGAACCGCAUUAGGAAUUGCAGAUAUCGAUAUUGAUAACCUAACGUGGAAUGACGUCCAGACUAAGUUGAUUGAUGUACAACGAGAACAGCAAAUGUGCAUUAUGCACAAGGAUUUAACUGCCUUAGACAUUUAUCAUCGAAUUUUGAGGUUCAAAAAUUACAUGGUAGCAAUGGUGAACAAAAAAAUGCUGCCUCUUACAAUAUCUAUCCCAUUCAUUGGAGAUACUAUUGUCUUAACUCACGGGCUAAAAUAUAACUUGGAAAUGAUACUAUUUUGGGGACCUUGGGCUCCGUUUGAAAAUAGUUGGCAUCUGCGAGAGGAUUAUAAGAAAGUAUCGAAAAGAAAAGAAUUGGCGAAUGCGUUGAGGAAGAGAAUAUUAUGGAUUGGAAUUGCAAACUUUCUACUUCUUCCACUUAUAUUCUUGUGGCAAAUCUUGUAUUCCUUCUUUAAUUAUGCAGAGAUUGUAAAACGAGAGCCUGGCACACUAGGAACUCGAAAAUGGUCUCUGUAUGGUCGUCUGUUUUUUAGACAUUUUAAUGAGUUGGAACAUCAAAUAAAUGCACGAUUAUCACGAGCCUACCGUCCUGCAUCAAAAUAUAUGAGCAUAUUCAACGCCCCCAUUAUGACGAUCCUUGCUCAAAAUAUUGCAUUCGUUUGUGGAGCAGUAUUUGCAGUUCUAUCUCUACUUGCAAUUUGGGAUGAAGAUGUACUGACCGUAGAACAUGUACUACUCUUAAUAACCGUUUUAGGUACAAUAAUUGCAGUUUGCAGAGCAUUUAUUCCAAACGAGCAACUUAUACUAUGCCCAGAGACAUUGCUAACUGCCGUUAUAGCUCAUGUCCAUUACUUUCCGGAUGAAUGGCAAGGGCAAUGUCACGGUUGGAAGGGGAAAGCACACACAACGCCUACUCGAGAUUUACUUUCUGAUCUUUUUUCUUACAAAGCGACUUACUUAGCAUUGGAACUUCUUUCGCCUAUAAUUACCCCUUAUAUACUGUGCUUUAAACUUCGAUCGGAGGCGUUGGCGUUGGUGGACUUUUUUAGAAACUUUACGGUGGAGGUUGUUGGAGUUGGUGAUGUUUGCUCCUUUGCCCAAAUGGAUGUUAGAAAGCAUGGAAAUCCUACUUGGCAAGCUUCAACCUAUGACAUGGAUUCAUCCGACUUGCCACCAAAGAAUUCAUUUGUUCAGGCUGCAAAUGGUAAAACCGAAUUAUCAUUGGUUCACUUCACUCAUACAAACCCAGAGUGGAAGCUUCCCAAAGAUGCCGGUACAUAUAUAACCAACCUUAAAGAAAGAGCUGCCAAAGAACUAGGAAUGCCAGUUAUUCAAGAGAAUGCAUUGUUUGCAUCUUUAAAUUCAAUCUCCUCUUUAGGAGAUGAGUACUCCAAUGUAGUUACAAGUCUUCUUUUUGAGAAUCAAUUGCUUCGAUCGGUCGCCCCCGGCCAAAUAGACCCUUUGUUUGAUGGACAGCAACCAACUCCCCCAUUAAAUCCAAGGGCGUUCUCUCAGUUUCGUAGUCACAAUAACCCAAUGCAAAUGUCAUAUCGUGGUAAUGUUAACCAACUUGAAGGUCCUCCCAAUUUUGGUAGACGUGGAAUUCUUGCUGGACUAAAUCAAAGCCAGCAUUACGGCAGCAACGUGCAAGAACAGUCAAACAUUAAUAUGAUGAGUUUCGCAAAUAGUUUUGCACAAUAUCCUAAUCCAAUGCUAUCCCAACGACCUAAUGACACCAAUAUUGAGCUUCAUGCAGUAGAUAUGAGUUUGGAUGCUUUGUAUCUUCAUGAAUUACAUAAUAUGGAGGUAAGACGAAGAACCUCCCAGCCUGGCUAUUCACUAGCUACAUCGAUGCAACAAAACAAUAAUCAAAACUCAGCAUUUUACGAAAGCCAACCGCAGCUUCACUCCAGUAAUUCAAGCCCUAUUCAAGAACAACAAACAGUGUUCCAAUCUGAGAGAACGCCGCUCUUAUCAACUACAAACACUGUUAAGUCUUGAUGCCAAUUUUUAAAUGUUUUUAAAAACAUGCUCGCUCGAGAGCCUUGAUUUCAAUAUAAUUUUAAUAUCGCCAUCGCAUCUGCACAAAUGAGGCAUCAUUAGUAUGCAAUGACGCAAUAUUUGACUCCUUGUUUUUUUUAAAUAUCGGACAAUUAUCCAAGUUAACAAGUUUUGUGAUAUAUACUAUUAUUUAAUUACUAAUUAAUUAGAAAAUGAUUAUGACGUGUAUAGUUGUUGACUUGUAAAUAUAUUGUUGAUGUGGCAUUUAUUUACAUAGAUAGGGUUUUAACUGACUGAGUCAACUGACAGUCAGUUCUUUCGUUGACAUGAUGGUAAAACAAUUUGUUCACUUGCAAUGUAGUUACCUUAUGAAUUAUCAUUAACAAAUGGUGUCCAUUAUCAUUUGCAUUUUAAUAGCUAGUUUGUGAGCUAUUUUUUGCAGAUCUAUACAUGUAUGUAUGUACAUACACACCACGACGAGAGCAAGUUUAAUAAUUAAAUACCUGAUUAUUCACUGUGAAUUCGUAAUUAUCGUAAGUACAAUCUAGUCGUUAGUGUAAAGAAUAUUCUGAUGGUACCUUCCCUUGUUAACUACUAAUAUAUUACGUUAUAUAUUACUUCCCGAAUUUUAGAAAAUAGUCUCAAAAUGUACUCUCGUCAGUCUCACGCAGUACAUAAAUCAAAAUAAUACGCUGUGGUUAUUAUGUAUUGGCGAAUGAACACUAUAUAGCAAACAGGAUGAAUGACGAUCCAACAGGUAGGCUAAUAGUGCUGUAUCAUCAUCAUUUAUGUGCAAUUAACAAUAAACUCGUCUCGUCUAAAAGUUCAAA